GGUAGCUUUGCUUAUACUUUAUGCUUACACUUCCGGUCAAGGUGAAAAACUAAGAAACAGAGGGUGCAAUGUCAGAUGAAGAAGAGAUUGAUAUAGACACCCCUCAGGAAGAAGAUGAGGAUGCAGAAGAGGAUGAGGAAGGAGUAGAAGAGGAAGGCGAGGAAGAGGAGGAGGAAGAAGAAGAAAAUGAGGAAGAUGAGGAAGAAACCCAACUCCCAGAUGAAGAAGAUGAGGAUCAGACACAAGAUGUGACAGAGGAGGAAGAAGGAGAGGAGGAAGAAGAAGAGGAAGAGGAUGGAGAAGAGAUGCCACAGGAGGAAGAUGUUGAUGGUGACAUUACCAUGGAAGCAGAUGAUGACAUUGAUGAAGGUGACCUUGACCUAGAUUCAGAAGAGGAGUCAUACACAGAGGAACAUGUUGCUAUCAGAAUGGAGGCUUGUGUCUUCAACAGAAUGGAGUUGGACCUGCCCGUGGAUAUGAUCCAGAAGAAGGAAGUAUUCAACCAAGUGUUCAGUGUGAAAAUGUGGCAGGGACUGUCAGAAAUGCAGAGGAGACAUUUAAUGAAAUUUCUCCCCAGUUUUGGUACAGAUGAUAUGAAAGAAAAACAGUCCACAUUAAGAAAACUCUUUCACAGAGAAAAUUUCAAGUUUGGAAACCCUAUUCAGAAGUUUCAAGCUGACCUUAAAGCUGGCUUGUUCUCCCCGGACAUUGCCAAAUACAGGACCCUGUUUAAGAAGGCCAAGUACAAAGAAUACAUCUACCAACAGCAGGAGUAUUACACCAAGCUGCUGAAGGACAUCCUGGUGUCCAGACAGAGAGUUUUAGAGCAGCUCGGAAGCUUGACUCCUGAUGAGAAGUUGAAGCCGCUGCCUAGAGUUUCUGUUCCUCCCAAAGAAAAGAGCAUGAAUUAUAGGAUGAGGAAGAAAUAUCAGAGCAUACUGAAUAUACUGAAGUCAGUACAAGAGGAAUGCAAUGCUGAUGCCUCGUCAGAAGAAGAGGAUGCCAUCACUGUACCUGGUAUCCACAUGAGGAGACAACUGCUGAGUCCUUCCAAACAACAGGACACACAGCAGCAGACUUCUGGGGUUAUAUCCACUCUGUCACCCAAACCAGGGAAAGGAGUGGAGAGAAGUACAAGUCCUAUCACAGUGGAUGAUGAAGAUCUCAAAGCUUUGGUGAGAAAACACAGGAAGAGGAGGCUUGAAAAUGAGGACUCUCCUGACUUGGACACAAGAGGCAUAACACUACAAGACAUAAUAGUGAGAACACAACCCAAUAACAAGAGACUGCUCAAGUUACACGAGGCUGCUCUGACCGCUGAACAAGGUGAGUACUAA